UGUCGCUGAGUGCUAAAUCUACCGCUGGAGACUCGGCCUUUGAGGUCCUGUCUCCAGUCCGGUCCUUUCGCUCAGAACUUUCACAUCCAUAUCUCGAACGACGAAUCACCCGAUCCUGCGAUCACUGAAGAAGUGCUCGUACCACAAUAUCGCUGCCGACGCCUGCGAUACAUCGGCAAUUGACAUCCGUUUGCACCCCAGACGGACCGACGAAGUCUCGACCUGAUCUAUCGGAAGACAGGUCUCCAUUCAUAUUACACACCACAGCUCGUUGCCCGAGGGCGACUCGCGCGAAGGAUAUACCGGACUGAAGAAGUGCUCUUUGCACCUCUCUACGCCCGUUAUACGACCCGGUCCUAUUCGACAAAACUUUUCACAACAACAAAUUCGAUCCAAUGGCGAGCCACGUUUCCGGCUCGAACCCUCGCGGUAGCAUGCAGGUCCUACAGGAGCCGAAGAUCUCAAAACAGGGUGUCCCGAAAUCCGGACACACUAAGAACAAGAAGCCUUUGAAGAGCAGCAUCAAAAAGAUGGCCAAUGGCACACGUACAGGAGAUGCAAUUUCAGAUGACAGCGACGGCGACGACGAAGGAGAUCUCAGCGGCAGCGACGAAGAAGACGAAGAAGACGGCGAUGAUGCGGAUGUCUUUGCCCUGUCAGGUGGACCACGCAUUGGAAGCAAUGCCAAUGGACGUCUGGCAGGGCCAAUGUCGGAUGAUGUCGAUAUGUUUGACGACGAUCAGGCUGUCGCCGGCGCUGAGCGUGCGUCUGCGAAUGACAGCGAUGAAGAGGAUUACGGAGCCGUGGACGACAUGAGCGAUAGUGACGAUUCCGAGCCCGACGUGGACGAGAACACUGUCUUGAGAAAGGCAGAGCGUGAUCUAAUUGAAGAGUUCGAGAGCACAGAGAAGCCACGUGCGGCGAGAGCCAUGGCAAGUGAGAUGAACGGCAUGAACAUUGAGGAGGACUCCGGUCUCUCCAGGAGAACAUCCAUGCAGAGUGAAACCAGCAUGGAUGGAGAAUUGGACUUUGGUCUGGACUUUUCGCAGGAUCCAUUCGGAGGUCUGAACUCUCACGACUCGCUGUAUCAAGAGCUCAUCGAGGAUGCCGAAGGGCAAUUCGAUAGCGACCUUGCUUCAUGGCGCAUUCCCGAUGUCCACCCCGACUCGUUGCUUAUGCAUAGUAGGAGUCGGGAGUCCAGUAUCAUCUCGACCCACACCGCAAAGAAGGUUCGCUUCGAGGAGACCACAUCUGCUCGAUCUCGCACAUCAAGCCUGAGCAGCGAAGAUAUUGACCCACGGGAGGCAUAUCCAGAUCUGCUCGACAGCGCUGACACUCCCAUCGGAAGAUCGAACAUGGUCAUGUUGAACAUGGAUGGCGAUGUUGAGAUGGACCAGAUGGAGACCGAGUCUUUGUACGACUUUGACUUUGAGGAUGAGUACGAGAAGGCUGCUUUCGAGAUCGACCGACAGAGCGACUCGGAGGAGUCUUCCAGUGAUGAUUAUGGAGACACCACCGAUGAGGACACUCCCGACGAUCAAGCUGCUCGAUUGAUUGCCAUCCAGAAAGCCAGCGGCCGCGUCCCCAGGACCGACCAAGCACCUUCCACGCCCACACCUCGAAAAGGAUCCGCCACGAAAUCGACUCGCCGCCCCGCCUCUGGUCGGUUCGCCUCCUCCGCUACUAGAUCCGACAAACGUCCCAAAUCUGGCACGUUUGUUCACGACCCUUCCGUCGCCUCGGUCUCUGCCACCACUAAGGGUUCCGGCGUUAAGCUCGUCUGUCCCACUCGGCCACCAGAAGCUGAACGCGCCUACUGGGACCGCGCUCGUCGAGCAAUGGGGUCUCGUGACGGUUCUCCUGGGGCUUCAGUCUCGUGGACUCGAACAACCCCUCGUACAGCAUCUAUUCCUCAAAAACCCUUCACCGCCAAGUCCACCCUUGGUACAAUGUUCGACGGCAACCUCGACUUCCUUCGAAGCAACGACCAGUCCGGCAUUGCCGAAGAUCUGCUCAAGCCCUCCAUCGACCGUGCGGUCCGCGGCACAUACGCUUCUGCUCCACCCUCCGACACGGAGGUCACUGACAACGAUUCCUCCUCCCUCAACCUUGAUGACUUCGUCCAGUUAGACGACUCUUCCGACCCGCCCUCCGAUACCGAAGUCGACGUUGACGAUACUGAACUCGACGAAACAGACGCCGACACGGAAUCACACACCCUCUCCCGCCCGUCCACCGCAAACCUCCUUUCCCCUCAAAGCUCUUUCUCGACCUCCACCGGUGGCAACGCGAAUUUUGACUCUGGACUCUUGCUCGACCACUUCGACCAACAGCGCGGUCUCGUAUCCUCCUUCCGCAACAACCAACACCACGCGCGUGUGGUCUCAAGUCUAGCCGCGAAUCCUACGAAGAGAGCCAUGACGAGUCAGGCGAAUGCGCUGCAGAAAGGCAGAAAGAACGCGGCUAUGGCGCCUAUGACGCCGGCUCGGAAAAAGAGAGCGAGUGCGGACCUGGGUGCUGUGCUUGCUGCUGGCGUGAGGAAAGGCGCGAUGGCAAGUCCAUUGGCGAGGAAGGGAAGUCUGAAGGGUAUGGGUGGGGGAAGGAGUCGGGGAAAUAGUUUGAGUCAGACUCUGGCGCUGGAGCGGUUCGUGGUACCGGAUCCCUAUGCCGAUCGCACAACGAGUCGUGGACUUCUGAAACGAGUAUGGAAUGUCGCAGAGCUCUUCCGUGCGGAAGAUGUAAGAGGGUCCGACCGAGCGAAUGAGGUGCGAAGAGGAGCGAGCGGUCAGCUGUGUCUCUUGCAGCUCGAAACCUCCCGGAACGGACUGUCGGGAACAAGAAGAUCAGGUCCUGGUUUGCGGUUCCUUGAUUGCGAGGCCGGAAUUGCGAGGCCGGAAUCGCAAGGUGUUGAUUGCCAGAUUGGAAUUGCGAGGCUUGCACUGCGAAAUACAGGUGGCGAUGUGAAGUGUUGCAAUCGGGCUGCGACAGACGGCGACUGGCGCUGGUUUGAAAUUGUGACAAUGUCGUUGCUGGCCAAUGUAGCGCAAGAGCACGGUCGACGGAUUCACUGCAUCCGUUUCCGGAGCUGAUCGGCUCGCGAAGGAUGCACGAUCUCAUCCACGGCCUUGGACCUUCUCGCCGGAGAGCGCGCAUAAAGGACACCAUGAACGAUUUCCUGGAGCUGCGACGCUCACUGCCAGCCGGAUCAAGGCAUCUGCUUCUGUGCCUGGGAUCUCGGGGUGUUUCCUCCUCCAAACGAGUCUUCAACUGUGACUUUCCGACUUUUUAUCUCUUCGACGGUUUCCCGUAUUGUUCGCGCGCUUCGGUACUGCUCAC